CAAACAGCGAGGUAGAACACACCAUUUUCGAUAGUCGUAGAACUCACAUCUCUCAAAAACCGGCGAUAUGCGGUUUGCCUUCUUGUUGUUGGUAUCUAUAUUGACAGGUACUUCACAACAACCAGAGCAGGAUAAUCUAGACGGAAGAAAAGGUGGUUUAGGCCCGCAGACCGUAGCCAUCGUGACCUCCGCCGGCGAGGAAGGGCAAGAGCAGGUCAGGCGAGGUGAGAAUCAAAAUCUUGCUGAAAAUCACGUCACUCCAAGGUCGAAGAAGAAGAAAACACAUGUGAUCAACAAAAAAACUGAAUCGAAGAGAAAAAAUGAAAAAGGGGAUGGACCCGGUAACAAGAGUACGAAAACACGAGAAAACGAAAGAAAACAAGAUAAUUAUGUCAAGGAAAGAACAAAGAACGAACGCAAAUACAGCGGAGGCACCAAAAAUCGCCUGGCGGACGAAAAGAAAAUCAAUAAACUUAAAACAGUUAGAAAAAUGAUUGAAGAUGCUAAAGACAAACCCAAAGGCACAAAAAAUCGCCUGACGGAAGAAAACCAUAUUCAGCAAGAAGAAAAGGAUAGGGAGAAGGUCGAAGAUGCCGACAACAAACGCAGAGGAGGCAGUAAGAAUGGCCAGACGAACGAACAGAAAAUCACUAAAGGUAAAGGAGAUAGAAAGAAAAUUAACGAUGCUGAAGACAAACAUAAUGAUAGUAAAGGUAAUAAGAAUGGGCAGACUGACGGAAAGGAUCUUGAUAAAGGGAAGAGAGAUAAAAGUAAGCAAAAUAGUGAAAACGGACUUAAGCCAAAGAGGCAAAAAUCACAGGAAGAGAAAAACAGACAACAUUUAAAAAGAAAGAACAAACAGUCUGAAGGAAAGGAAGAGAAAAAUACAAACAAAGGUCAAAGUGUGGAAAAAGCGAAAGGAGAAAACGAGACUAAACCCAAAGAUGAGGAAAAGUCCAAAAAUCCUGGCAGAAGCGGAAGAGAUGAUGUUUCAUACAAUAAUAAACGGAAUACUAAAAGACACAAGAAAGAGAAAGCAGAAGAACAUUCAAACCAAGCAAAUAAGAACAAAGAAGGAAAGCAAGGAAAAAACAAAGAGACGUCAGGCAAGAGAGAAAAAGCUAAAUUCCAAAAACAAAAGCAACGAGAAAAGACCAAUAAAAGGAAUAGAACGCUCAAGAAAACACUGAUAAAGAGAGGACCUAAAAGCAAACAAGGCGGAAGUGGAGCAGCGCAGAGAACAGUGAACAUCGUUCAGCAGGUGUGUAGCAGCUCCCUUACCUUGGACUACAAUCAGGUGGCUCUCAUCUACAGCAAGAACAACGGAGAAAAGGAGAAAUGCAAGCAGGAAGUGAAGACACCCAAUGGCACAAUGAUCGGAUUUUCCUGCUUGACCUUCAACCCCAACACUAAAGAAUGUAAAAAGGAAUUCUUGGAGCUGAGGACAACGGUUAAUGGCGUUAAAGAUAAGGUUAAGUAUUGCACGACGAAGAAGCCAGAGAAUAUCAUUAUUUCCUCCAACAACAUGACAAUAAAAUAUAAACGCCGUCAAAUUAAGAAGAAACAGUGUUCUGGAGGAUUUUUGUGUGAAAUUUACACGGUGGGAGACACCCUAUCGUCGACUCCAGCUACUCUACCGGUAAUAACAACUGCUUCUUCAAUGACAACAGAUGUUCCACCAGUAAUUACAGCUGCUCCACCAGUCACAGCAAGUGUUUCACCGAUAAUACAAACUGCUCCACCGUUAACAAUGUCUGCACUAGUGCCAACAGUUGCUGAACCAGUUGUGACGUCAGCAUUGACAGUUUCUCCUGUAGCAACAGCUACUGCGUCAGCAGUGACGGAUGUUCCUAUAGCAACAGCUACUGCGUCAGCAGUGACGGCUGUUCCUGUAGCAACAGCUACUGCGUCAGCAGUGACGGCUGUUCCUGUAGCAACAGCUACUGCGUCAGCAGUGACAGUUGCUCCUGUAGCAACAGCUACUAUGACAGCAGUGACGGUUGCCUCAGCAACAACAUUAGCAACAGUAUCUGUCACACCAGUGACAACAGCAGUCUCACCAGUAACGGCAUCUCUAGCUGUAACAACAGAAAGCCCAAUAAUAACAACUGCACCAAUUACAACUACAGUUGCUUCGCCAGUAACAACAGUUACUUCUGCAGUAACUACAAAUUGUAGCCUCUCCAGACUCUACUGCGACGGGUGUGGAAUAGCGCCCAUCAGUAUUGCCAGCACGAGAAUUGUCAAUGGUACUGCAGCAUCAAUAGGGGAAUACCCGUAUCAAGUAGCAGUGCUGAGCAAUAUACAAAAUUCACAGUAUUUGUGUGGUGGUGCAAUUAUAAAAGAGAGAUGGAUUCUCACAGCUGCACAUUGUUUUUACGAUCGUUCUGGUAAUAAGGCUACGGUUGUCGAGGUACGUUACGGUUCGACAGACAUCAACGGCGGUACUUCCGUGACAGCAACGAGAUUCAUCGAUCACCCUCAGUAUAAUAGAAACACACAGGCUAACGACAUUGGUGUAGUGGAGCUUCCUCAACCCCUGAAUUACCAAGGAGACGCCAACAUUCAGCCAAUUUGUUUGGGUCAGGAAGAAGAUAUUCCUUUCGGAGGAAAAGCAAUAGCGACUGGAUGGGGUUCAAUCUUCUUUCAGGGUCCUCUAUCGAGUACUCUGCUAGAAGUCGAGUUGGACGUCAUCACAAUAGCCGAGUGCCAGACGAAGGUUGUGACCUUGCCACCUAACCCCGAAAAUGUCCUUUGUGCUCUUACCUUGUUUAAGGACACCUGCCAGGGUGACAGCGGUGGUCCUCUAGUCGCCCAGCUUUGUAAUGGUAGGUGGGCCGUAGUGGGUAUUGUCAGCUUUGGAAACGGGUGUGCUUUGCCUGAGAACCCCGGGGUCUACACCAAAGUGAGCGCUUACGCUGACUGGAUUUCUAAUACCACAGGUGGAAUUGCUUGCAACUCUACUGUUAAUCUUGUAAGUCUGGCGAACACGCUGAAUAUGCAAAGAACAACUAUAAAUGAGUUAGACAACGAAGUUGUAUUGGGCAGGCAGAAGACUGAAUUCCUCCGAAAUAUCCUGAAUGGUGAUAAUGGUGGGCUCCGAAGACGCAGGAGUCUUGAUCUCCUUCAGGAACAGAGAAACGCAUUUACAAGAGCAGCUCAAGCUAUCAUUAACAGAAACGUUCUCUUGAUGGUUUCAUUAAAAACCGACCUAGUACAGCUCAGAGGACGACUUUCAGCAUUCAUCAUACAGGUUACAACGAACACAACUGGAGUCGAUGUACCAGCAAUGGUAGCCAUGGCAGAAGAGGCGAUAGAUAUGGCAAACAAUGUAAGCACCGUAGUUAAGUUGGAAAUUGCUGAUAUUGAGCGUGAAUAUCAGAAUAUUACCCUUCAAGUGGAGGGCAGUGGUAGCAGCAUUCCAGCCCUGCAACCAUUAGAACCUAAACCAACGACCACUACCGCGGUAUCACCAGCAGCGACUACUACACCAUGCAACAUCAAGAGACCCUAUUGUGAUGAUUGUGGGAUUGCAUCAGUUUACGUCGACAAUAUGAGGAUUGUCAAUGGCACUACAGCAUCUGUGGGGGAAUACCCAUAUCAAGUGACAUUGGUAAGCACUAUACAGAGUAAAUCGUAUCUGUGUAGUGGCACCAUUAUCAAGGACAGUUGUAUCCUCACAGCAGCUCAUUGCCUUUACGAUAAAGACAUGAACCGGGCUACGAGAGUCCAAGUGCGUUAUGGAUCGAUAUUCUUGCAAAACGAAAUUUCCGUGAUAGCGUCUAGAUAUAUCGAACACCCAAAAUAUACGAGAACGACACUGGCCAACGAUAUUGCAGUGGUGGAGCUCCCUGAGCCGCUUGUUUUCAGUAACACCGUUCGGCCCAUCUGUCUGGGACUGGAAGAAGACAAUCCCUUUGGAGGAAAGGCUGUGGCCACUGGAUGGGGCGACACUAUUUUCAAUGGUCCCAUAUCGAAUACCCUCCAGGAAGUUGCAUUGGACGUUAUUACAAUGAACGACUGUGAAAAGAAUACCUCAUUACCACCGGACACUACUAAGGUCUUGUGUACUCGUACACCUUAUAAGGCCCCCUGCCAUGGUGACAGUGGUGGUCCCCUUGUUGUACAACUGUGUAACGGCCGAUUUGCUCAAGUCGGCAUAAUCAGCUACAGUAGCUCGAACUGUGCUAUGCUCGACAAACCAACAGUGUAUACAAGGGUGUCCGCUUACUUAGACUGGAUCUCCAACGUCACAGGUGGCAUCACCUGCACUUGUAAAAUCAGUGUAACAGAGACCCAAACUCUAGUUAAUUCAACAGAGACUACACCACCAAUCAAUUCAACAGAAAAUAUAACACCAAUCAAUUCAAAAGAGACUACAACACCUGUCAAUCCAGCAAAGACUACAACACCAGUCAAUCCAACAGAACUACAACACCAUCAAUUCAACAGACACUACAACACCAAUCAAUUCACAAGAGACUACAGAGACUACAACACCAAUCAGUCCAACAGAGACUACAACACCAAUCAGUCCAACAGAGACUACAACACCGGUCAAUUCAACAAAGACUGCAACAACAAACAGUUCAGGAGAGACAACACCGCCUAGCAGUUCAACAGAGAUUUCAACAAAACCUAUCAAUCCAACAGAAACUCCAAGUGUAACAAUGACUCUAACACCAACACCCUGAGAGACCAUGAUUUUUUUAGGUAUUCUCUCUCUCUCUCUCUCUCUCUCUCUCUCUCUCUCUCUCUCUCUCUCUCUCUCUCUCUCUCUCUCUCUCUCUCUCUCUCUCUCUCUCCCCCUCUCUCUCUCUCUCUCUCUCUCUCUCUCUCUCUCUUUCUCUCUCUCUCUCUCUCUCUCUCUCUGUCUCUCUCUCUCUCUCUCAAAUAACUUGUUUGAGUUUCCUUAUAUAUGCAUCAUAGUUGAAUAUAUAAAUAAAAAAAUCUUAAUCAUAUAUGUUGCAAGUUACUCUUUGCGUGCAUUAUUCUUUUAUGCAAAAAUAAAUUUAGUAUUGUAUUAUAAAUGAAAUUGGUAGUUUUCCCUACAUAAAACUCUGUCAACAAACAGUUUGUCACGAACACAAACAAAGGAUUGUUAGAAUUACACGCAGACACACACGCACACACUCACACACACGCACACACACGCACACACACACACACACACACACACACACACACACACACACAC